CUGGAUAGUUUACAUCGCGACAACGCACGUCCCUUCAGGCCAGGCAGUUUUGAACAGGAGAAAAAAAUACAUAUUUUCACCCAGGCUAAACGGAGCGACUUUUUUCAAAGUGUUGUUAAUUUUGUCAAGUUCUGGACACUUGUUCCGGCGGUUCGUCGUACGUGGUUCACGGUUCGCGCGACUCUUCAACUCAGGACUGCAGUACUGGUUAUGCUGUAAUACGACCGAGGGGGGAGGCUUUUCGACUGUAGGAAUCUUCACGAAGAAAGAGAAAAUCGAUUAUAGCUGCAAAGUGAUAAAGUUCAAUUUUGACAAGGCGAAAAGAGUGAGUUCUACUACUAUUGGCUGUUCUGGAUAUUGGCCGUGUAGUGUUACCCAAGUGAGAAUCAAUCGAAGAUGUAACCUUACAAGUGAUUGCUGAAAAGGUGCACUUAAGUUUCGGUCGUGAUUCAGUGGCAAGAGAAAAUCAUUUUUGAUAUUUUCAUCGCGAGUGAUGAGUAGUAUCGUUUGAGUUGCUCAAGUGAAGUAUGCAGUUACAAGUGUAAAACAGGAAAAUUUUCAAGUAAAGGUCUUUGUUAUCUUGGGACGGUUGGUCAACCCAGGUGUUGGCUGAGCAUUUCGCAAAAUAAAAUCCUUCAAAGUGGAACACCCUACUAUGAAAACUCGUCUCACUACGUUGACAUGGCGAGGUUCAGCGUCCGUGGAUCCCCGGUUUUCGGCGUCGAUGCUCCCGUGGUCCAUCGCCGACAUCCGGAACCACGAGAGUUAUGUAACCUUAUCCGUUGGUAUUGAGAACGGCCAUCUCGAAGCUUACAACACAGACUUUGAGCUCCAGUUCGUGCACCAGCUCAAGUAUAUCCUCGGAUAUUGCAGAGUAAUCGUGAAGCAGGAAAAGGGCAAGAAAAAUUCCGACUUUCUAAUCCCGAAAUCAAACAGCACCCGCGUCCUGCCAAUCACCAUCGGCAACGAUAACGUGGCCGAGAUCUACGGACCGGAGUAUGGUUUGGUGUACCUGCUGAAAACGCCCCAGGAUCCGCUGCUCCACAUUCACCUGUACGAGUGCGAUAAAUACGACCAGAUGGCCGAGCUGAUGCAGCAGAUGCGUGAUCCAGCCUCAAUCGGGACCGGCGGUUCGGUCGGCAGUAUUCCGCAGAGCAUCGUGUCGUCCAGCGGUGCCAAUUCGAACGACAUCCACCGGGCGUUACGCGGCCAAGGCAUCCACUCGACACCGGCGUCCAACCUGAAGCUGUCGGAACAGAUGCGGCAUGCCCAGCACGACAGCAGUCCGAUCCAGAACGGGGCGAGCCAGGCCAAUGGACAGCAGCCGAGCGCGACCUCGGCGGGAGGACGGAUUUCCGCCUCGAAGAGCUUCUCCGGCGGGUUGAACCACUCGGCCAGCGGCGGCAACAUCCAGGCCAGCGGAAGUGUAUCGUCGAGUCUGUCCUCGCUGCCGGACAUUUCCGCCAACAACUCGCAGUUCUUCGAGGUGCUGUACGUGGGCAAGAUCAAGGUGUCCCACAAGCGCGUGCCGUUCACGUUCAUCGACGACGCGCUGCCCAAGUUCAAGGCGUACGACGCGCAAAAGCUCAAGCAGCAGCUGGACGCGGCGCGGAAGACAAACGGCGACGAAUCUUCCGAUCAGAACUCGUCGGAAACGUCUUCCAACGGCCAGCCGACGCAAGCGGGCCUGAACAGGAUCAGCGAAUCCAACGAGUCACAGUCGGUUCCAGCAGAGUCCGAACAAGACAGCAUCAGCAGCAGCAGCAACAACAGCAGCCCUGCUACAUCUCAAGCCGAUAACAAGGAAAACACGCUUCCUUUGGCGCAGGCACCCGACGACGCCGAGGUCUUCCGGGGCCGGAGGGUCAGCCACUUUGACAUACCGGCCAAGAAGGUUGAUUCGAAGGAGGAAGAUUCAAACAACGACGAGAGCACUACUAGCAAAAAUACUAACGGUUGCACAAAAGUCGACGAGUACCAAAGAUCGGUAUCGCUGCAGCAGCCACAGAAAGAUUCAAAGUCAUCUUCUGAUGAGGACGUUCCGGUGCGCCGUGAUCGAUCCGCCUCGAUCGGGUCGAUUCCGGUCGUGGAGCAGAACCGCACAAUGGUCUUCCUGAUUGGCCAGACGGAUCUGCGGCUGAUUAGCCCCGAUCGCAAGCAGGUCCUGCUGCACAAGGAGUUCCGCGACGUGGCCAGUUGUGCCCAGGGCCAGAAGAACGCCGACCACUUUGGAAUCAUCUGCCGGGACAUGAACAACGACGGCUACAUCGGGUACGUGUUCAAGUGCCAGUCGGAGAACGUCGCGGACGAGAUUAUCAUCGCAAUCAGCCAGGCGUUCAUGGUAUGCUCGGAGCAGAAGCAAAAGGACAAAGCGACGGCCCAGAUCUACUCGUGCGAGCACUGUCCGAUGUUGUGGUACCACAAGCUGUGCUCGGACACGGAAGGGUUGAGCGAUAAGAAGACGCAGUACAUGAUCUUCAAGCGAAUAGACACCACACUGACGGACGACGAGCAGCGACUGCUGAUGGAGAAGUAUCACGGAGCGGAAGAAGCUGCCGGGCACAGUCUGGGCGAGCAGAACCAGUUUCUGAUGAUGCUGUUGAGGGCUCACUGUGAGUCCAAGCAGCAGCGCCACGUACACGAUACGGCCGAGAACAGGACGGAGUUCUUGAACCAAUAUCUGGGUGGGAGUGGAAUCUUCAUGAAGGCGAAACGAUCGCUGACGAGUUCAUUCGAUCACUUGCUAAAGCGCCGUACGAGCAAGGACGACUUCAGCGGUAGUGUCACCUCGAUCAAAGAUUCCACCUCAUCAGGAGAUCUGCGAGCUGGAAACGAUCUGGAACCCCAGCCGAGAUCUCGUGCAUCCACCAUCGGAUCCAGUCCUUCGUUGAGCCGGAAGAACUCGGACUUUGGCGUACCGACUGCAGCACCGCAACUCAAAUCACCCAUGAUGGAUAUCUUCAUCAAGGUUGGCAACAGUCCGCGGGAAAACUCCAGCCACGCCGGCUCGUGGCGCCAGGCGAUGCUCCAUCGGGUCGUAACGCCCUCGAAAAAUCUCAAAGUGACCGGCACCGAGUACAUGUCUCCGCUGAGGAAUCCCCACGUCAGUACUCGGAAGCGAACCCGCGCCGAGUUGCGCGAACUGUGGCGUGUGGCCAUCAAGCAAACCAUCAUCCUGAACCGCAUGGACAAGGAGAACGCGCGACUCCAAGCGCGCCAGAACCAGAUCAAAACGAACGAAAUCAAACGCAUCAAGCUGGAGUACGACGAGAUAUCGAGCUGCGACCAGCAGGCGGUUGAGAUCUGGGAAAACUUUCUGAGCGCAUCCUCGGCGGAGGCCGUCCACACCCGCAAGGAUCCCAAAGUGCUCUACCAGGCGAUCAAAAACGGAGUUCCACGCGCCAAGCGGGGUGAAAUCUGGAAGUUUCUGGCUAAUCAACACUCGUACAAUACGCCCCCGGUGGACACGACCGAUUUCCCCAACUACAACACUCCGUACCAGACGCUGCUGAAGAAUUUGACCGAGCAUCAGCAUGCGAUCUUUAUCGAUUUGGGACGAACCUUCCCCGAUCACAAGUACUACAAGGACGCCCUCGGGGUGGGUCAGCUGUCGCUGUUUAACUUGCUCAAGGCGUACUCUAUCCUGGAUCCCGAACUUGGUUACUGCCAAGGGUUGGGCUUUAUCUGUGCCGUUCUGCUGCUGCAUCUCGAGGAGGCGGACGCGUUCGAUCUGCUCAAGCAUCUGAUGUUCAAGCGGCAGAUGCGCGCCAAAUAUCUGCCCGACAUGAAGCAGUUCCAGCUGCAACUGUACCAGCUGUCCCGCCUGCUCAAGGACCACAUCCCGGAGCUGUACGACUGGUUCGACCAGCACGACAUCUCGCCUACGCUGUACGCGGCGCCCUGGAUCUUGACCGUGUUCAGUUCGCACUUUCCGCUGGGAUUCGUGGCCCGGGUGUUUGACCUGCUGUUUUUGGAGUCGUUCGAUGUGAUAUUCAGGUGUGCGAUCGCACUGUUGGAGGUCCACAAAGAGCAGCUGCUGCAGCGGGAUAACUUUGAGGAGAUUAUGAACUAUUUGAAGACGGUCGUUCCGAAGAUCAGCGCCGAUGUAAUGGAGAAGGUUUUUCGGAAUGUGUUCAAGUCCGAUUUCUCUCGGCAACUGAUCGAAUACCAAGUCGAAUAUAACGUGCUGAAGGAGGAGAUGACUUCGCAGAAUCAUCACUUGGAAAAUUUUAACCGCGUGAAGGAGGAGAACCAGCAGUUGGAAACGCAGCUGCAAUUUGCUCAAUCUAGCUUGGCGCAGCUGGAGAAGACUCGCCAGGCACAGCAGAACCAAAUUCAGAACCUACAAACGCAGGUUCAAACGCUGGAGAACACCGUUCACACGUUGGUUCGGUUUGUCGAGCAUUCGACGGAGAGCAAGCCCGACUACGUGCUACCGAACGAGGUUUGCCGGAUCUUGCAACAGGUUCAGGAACUGCAACCACAGCACGGCCAGCAGAAGAAGCGAUCGCCUAUUUUUGUCGAUCGGAAGAUCGGCAAAUCUAUUUCAUUCAACAGCAAUUUGGGCCUGGCGCUGAACGUGCUGGAGGAGGCCAACGAGGCGGACAGCGCCAGCGGAACUCCGACCAAGAAGAAACCAUUCUUUCAGAGCUCGUUCGAGCAAAUCCGCCAGCAAAAGGCCGGUCUGCGCUUGAACAAACUGGACGAGUGCAACAGUCCGGAGCACGGAUCUGCGGAUCGGAACGGUGGUGGCGCCGGCAUGAAGCUGAACAGUGCCAGCGAUGACAGCGGAAUCGCCACCCCAAUCAGCCCGCAGAUGCACGCCCCGUCGACCACCCCGAUGGUGGCCGAGUGUAGACCGUUGGUUCCGAGCAUGCUCGACAUGCACCCGCUCAGCGGCGACGUCAACGUACAGUUCAACGGUACAACCCAGCUCAAAUCCAUCAAACCACGGGUACAAUCGCGACAAAACUCGGUCUCGUCGAUCGUGAGCGACCUCGGCGAUCUCGCCGGCCAACAACCCGGCUUCAUGAACCGCAGUUAACAAUCAACCGUCGGGUUGGACCGCUAAACCCGCGGUACGAUCGCAUCGCAGAGCAGCUAAACACUAGAGCAAAGACACACCGUCACACACAUUACGCUAUGAUUAUCAACUUUAGUAUGCAAAUUCACCACCCAGCGUAAGCGCGCGCAUUCGGAACGGAUAUAUAUUCUAUAUUUUAGGGAUAAAGCUUCUCAGUCUUGCAUUGGCAGCGCUAGUGUAUUUAAUCAAGUCUUGCUUUGGCGAACAGUGAUAUGUGGUACUACUAGAUUAAGUGUGUAGGGAAUCCCUUCAGUGCAGUAGAAAUUAAUGCUUUUUGAUACCCCAACUGCGUGGAAGGUACAAACUAGGGGCAACCACCUUCACAAUCCGCUUCCGCAUUGUUGUUACUACGAAAAUUACGACACAAAAAAAAAACAAAAAAAAACUAAAUUUGCACUCACACCGGCUUGGUUCCAGAAUCAAUAAGGCAUCACAAUUGUUGCAACCCUGAACAUAAUCAAACAAACUUAAAUCGUUCGACCCAAAAUGAGAUAUUUAAGAAGAACCGAAACAAUACUCACGUGCACGCAAAUAUUACCAAACAAAACAAAAUAAGUCAAUCGAAUGGAGUCGCGUGGUACGUCAAGAACAAUCCAUCAAGCGUCCCCAUCGGAAUCAGAUUCGUCCCACAAACAAAAAUUCUGCUUGCACAAAAAUCGAACGUGACGCAAAAAAAAGUUAUUAAAUGACCGGCAUGAUAUUCGGUAGCAUAUAAAUUGUACAUAAAAAAAAGUCAAGAAAUGUGUGAAGCAAACCUACCAACAGUAUAAAUGUAAUCAAGGAUCAAGCAAGAUACCACAACCAAACUCAAUAACCGACGCCAAUUUCCUGCUUGCAUGCGCAUUAGCUGUAGUAGUGGUGAAGCAAAACCAAGCAAAUCCUUGUGGUUCCCAAGACAGACAGAAAAAAAUGAAACAGAGAGCGGUUAUUUACUAGAGCUCCAAAGCUGCCCCCGAGUUUUUUUAGAGGAAUCAGAAAUAUCGGAAUGAAAAGUGGUUGAAUUCUUCAAACGCAGGUGUCUUAUUUCGAGCUUAUUUCGUUUUGUCACGUGGGCGCCGAGAAGGUGACUUUUUUUAGUUGUUGAUCGUUGUUUUGUUUGUACUAUUUUUUUAGGUUUCAAAAAGCUGUUUUGUUUUUUUUUUACUUUGAUGACUAUUUAAGCAGGUUUGAGAAGGGUUUUAGCGAAUAGCUAGUUUUAGUGGAUUAUUUUUUAAAUGUGAAAAUUGAUAUUCAAUGAAAUUUUGUUGCGGACUUAAUAAUCGGUUAGAUUGGAAUGAAGAGUGUACUUAAGGCAUAGGUUAAUCAAGUGUAACCCCAAUUACCCCAAUAUUCGAUAAAUAUUUACUGUACCCCAAAAUAUAUAGCAUUGAGACAUAAAUAUGUACUAUCUAUAUUAGUAUUCAAUAAAAAUACAAACAGUGACAGUCCUACAUCCAUAUA